AUUCAUUUGCUGAAAAAUGUUUCGAGAAAGUGUUUUUGUUUUGCUCUUGUUAGCUGCAUUUGUGAGUUUAGUUCCCUUGAACUCAGAAGAUCAUUCGAAGUAUCCACGUCCAUUAACUGAGCUUGAAAAAGAUAAAUUCAUUGUUGGUGGCAGUACUGCGAUUUUGGGACAAUUUCCAUACCAAGUUGCCCUUCGAACAGCUGCCGGAACUUUCUUUUGUGGGGGAGUCAUCAUUUCGAAUAGUUGGGUAAUCUCGGCUGCUUUCUGCACAAUUAAUCGAAGCAAUCCUACCACUUUUAGAGUUGUUGUCGGAACAAUUAAUAGUGGAUCAGGUGGCAUUGUAUUCAGUUUAAAUCGAGUUGUCAAUCAUCCACAAUACAAUGCAAAUGACGUUUCAAAUGACGUUUCACUGAUACAAGUUCAAGGAACGUUUACUUUCUCUGGAGCUGUUAAUCAAGUUUCUUUGGGAUCAGCAUUUAUUGGUGCCAAUGUAAACGGAUUCGUUGCUGGUUGGGGGGCUACUGCUGCGGGUGGUCAACCUGUAACUACAUUAAGAUGGUUCCAAGCAGUUACAAUUACAAAUGAAAAUUGUCGGCAACGCUUCCUUGAUAUGGGACAACUUUUUGCUUUUUUGGCUGUCCAUGAUCACAAGAUAUGCACUUUCACUCGCAAUGGCACUCAAAGCAAAAUUUUAGGUUUCUGUCAAGAAGACAGAGGUGGUGGUUUUGUUACAAACAACGUUUUGCACGCUGUUGUCAGCUGGAAUAUUCCAUGCGGUCGCGCAUCUCCCGAUCUUUACGACAGAAUUUCUUGGCAUCGUAUUUGGAUUACUUCAGUCACAGGAUUGUAAAAAUUUAAUUAAUUUUAAAUAAA